UAACGCUGCGCAUUUCGCGGUGUGGCGUAACUGUGUCGUAUGGGUUGUGGCACUUGCUUGACCUCUGGACGGGGAGAAGGAAGCCUUGUUCUGGCCCCCGCUAUGACCCUGCCUCGCUACGGAAACCCGGCGAGUCCCUCAGCGAAUCCUUCCCCGCAGUAGUCUCAGCCUCACCAGCUAAUAAAGUUUGCUAACCUCCUUCCGGGUCUACGAGCCUUUGGCUCUCAGGGGGCGUGGCCAGAGGCGCUUCCUGGAGAUGGGGCCUAGCAACGUCGGGCGUCUGGUCGCGAGGAAGCCGGCUCAGGCCCGGAGGUCCCUCGGGAAGGGGCCCCAUGGCGGACUCCGAAGAGGAUGCUCUGGGGUUUGACCAGGCUCCCUUAGAGCACAUCCCGAAGCCAUGGGUGUUUCCAGUCCCAGAGGGAACCCUUCAGCGCGUCUUUGGGACCAGCCAGGUGUUCCGGAGAGUUGAUGAUAUAAAACCAAAGGUCGUGGGGCUAACAGUGCCCCUCAAAGUCAGGGAGUACUGCCAUGAAGGCCAUCAGUGCUUGGAGCAAGGGGACUGGGAGACCACUGUGCUGCUGUUCUCCCGUGCCCUCCACUUGGACUCCCAGCUGGGAGACUUCUACGCCCUACAGGCCGAGGCCUACAUCCAGCUCUGUGACUUCUCCUCGGCUGCCCAGAAUCUUCAAAGGGCUCACUCCUUCCAGCCGGAGAAAGCCAGCUACCUGGAGCACCUCACCUUCGUGCUUUACCUGCAGGGCCAGUGUCUAUUCGAGCAAGGUGCCUUCCUCGAUGCCCUACAAGUCUUCUCAAAAGCCUCUGCACUCCAGCCUGAGAAACCCUGCUUCCGUUACCGAUGCGUGGCCUGUCUCCUGGCCCUCAAGCGCCAUCACGACUGCCUCUCACUAGUCAGUAAGGAGGUGCAGUGUGGCACGACCAAUGCCGAUGUCUACAUCCUCCGGGCCAGGCUCCACAACUUCUUCCAGAAGCCCAAGCUCUGCUAUCAAGACCUGCACAGUGCCUUGCUACUGGAUCCCAAGCACCCACAGGCCAAGGUGCUCUUCCAGAUGAUGGUGGACCAGGCCCAGCAGGCACACCAAGAUGCUGGGAUCCUAGCCGUGCAGGGCAAGCUACAGCAUGCGCUGCAGCGUAUCAGCAGUGCCAUCGAGAACAACCCUCUGGACCCCAACCUCUUCCUUUUCCGGGGCUCCAUAUACCGACGGCUCCAGGAGUUUGAUGCUGCGGUGGAGGACCUCCUGAAGGCUCUGGACAUGACGACUGAGGGGGACAUGGUGCAGCAGGCGCAGCGCCAGCUGCUGCUGGCCUACAAUGACUUCGCUGUGCACUGCUACAUGCAGGGCGCCUACCAGGAGCGUGUGCUCCUGCUCAAUAAGGCUCUCAAGGACGAGCAGCAGGAGAAAAGCCUCUACAUCAACAGCGGAGACUGCUUCUUCCAGCUGGGCGACCUGACCUUUGCUGAAGCGGACUACCAGCAGGCGCUGGCGCUGAGCCCGCACGACGAGGGCGCCAACCUGCGCAUGGGCAUGCUGCAGGAGAAGAUGGGCUUCUGCGAGCAGAAGGGCAGGCAGUUCCAGAAGGCAGAGAACCGCUUCUCAAUGGCCAUCCAGCAUAACCCCCAGAAGGCCCAGUACUACCUGCAUGGCGCCAGGAGCCGGCACCUCCUGCAGAAUAUUUUUGGGGCCCACCAGAAUGUUGCCACUGUCCUGCUUCUUGACCCCAAGCAGCCCAAGCUGCUCCCGCUGAUGACCAGCCUCUUCCCUGGCAUGUCGGUGAAGGAGGUGCUUAGCAGCCAGGUGGCUCACUUGUCCAGGCUGCAGCUGCACCGGGUGGUGGAGAGCGCUGCACAGGCCAGCAUCACCCAAGGCAUCAUGGGGCAGCUCAGGAAGCGGGAACUAGAGCGCCAGAAGGCUUGGGCCCUGCCAUCCUCCUGGACGCUGGGACAGACUUUGUCUGAGACCUCUGAAGAGCAGAAGGCCACUCCCCAGGCCCUGCAGGCAGGGCCCCACCACCCAGAGGAAGAGGCCCACGCCCCCAAGGAACAGGAGGAAGAAAAGGAGGAGAAGCCAGAGCUUAUCCCGAGCAAGCUGAGGCCCCUGUCUGACAGCUACCUCGACCAGACCUCUUCGGGCUCCGUCUUGGGCUUCAGAACCAUGCCCAUCCCAGGGACAGAGACAUCCACUGUCUGCCAGGAGUACAGGCGCACCUCGACUACUGCGGUGACGUUCUCUGGCUCCUCACUGCUGGAGACUCAGUCCUCAGAGUUGGGGAGUGACAAGGACCUCAGCCUGUGGUCCACCCAGAGUCACAGGCCCAGCAAGUUGGAGGCCAUGCAGGGCCACAGCCACAAGUCCAGCAGGACGGAGGCCGCACAGAGCCAGAGUUCUAGCAAGACAGAGGCUAUGAAGGGCCAGAGCUGGAGGCCCAGCAAGAUCAAGGCUACCCAGGGCCCAAGGCAAAAGCCCAAGACCAAGGCUCCCCAGGGUCCAAGACAGCAGCUAAGAAGGGCCAAAGUUGCCUAUGGUUGGGGCUGGGGACCCAGCAAAGCUGAUGCCACCCAGGGACUAUGUUGGGGACUGAACCGAAGUUCUAGCAAGACUUCCUGUGACCCAAGUAGGAGGCCCAGCAACAGCGAGGUCACCCGAGGCCAGUGCCAGAGGCCUAACGUGACCCAGGCUGUCCAGAGCUGGAGCCGGAGCACCAGCACAGGUGCCAGCAAGACCACGCUCACCUGGGGACUGUGGCCCGAAUCUUAGCAAGACCCGGCCCAGCACAGGCCCGAGCCAGAACCCCAGCCCCAGCAGUCAUGCUUUUCUGGGGAGGAGCCACUUAGCCCCCUCAUUUCUUGCUGGGGAUGGGGAACUUCCACCCUCCCCAACCCCCGCUCUGACACUAGCACUCAGUAAAGCCACCUCCUUCUGAAGAAAUCAGAAACCUCAGCCGACAUUACUCUGAUCCCAAGGCUAAGUUUAUUGUAUUUGUUCUCCUUUUACAAAAUUAAAAACUUUAAAAACCAGG